GGGCCGGACUGGCCCAUUUUCAGCCCAUAAUAUUUGGGAUAAGUAGAAUAAAAUCCAAAAAUCAAAGGGAAAACAGCCAGAACCCCAGGUGAGCAAAGACCAGCUAUUCCGUCUAUUUUUUUGUGUCAUCACGCCAUGGAAGCUCUGAGUUCCUCUGCAACAAUCAUAGCUGCUUCAUCGUCAUCUCCAUCGAUUUUCUCCCCAAGGAAAAGAGACUCACCAAGAUUCCUUCGAGUCAACGUUUCUCCAAAAGAUAACGGGAACGAUUCCGAUGUCCGAUCCGAAUCGGAUGAGUCAAGCUUGGUUCCCAUCCUGACGAAUCGUACUCUCUCGAAGGAUGCGGCGAUGGGGUUGGUUCUGAGUGCGGCGUCGGUGAGAGGUUGGACGACGGACUCUGGUAUGGAAGGUCCUUCGGUUCCGGCGGCGGCGGAGGCCCGAUCCAGUACGGAGAGGAUCUCAACCUUCCCGUGGUCCCUCUUUACCAAAUCGCCACGUCGAAGGAUGCGCGUUGCCUUCACUUGCAAUGUUUGCGGUCAGCGGACCACUCGUGCCAUCAAUCCUCAUGCUUACACCGAUGGAACCGUUUUCGUCCAGUGCUGUGGAUGCAAUGUGUUUCAUAAACUGGUGGACAAUCUGAAUCUUUUUCAUGAGAUGAAGUGCUACGUGAACCCGAGCUUCAAUUACAGUGAUCCAAGAGGGGAUGUGGGCUUCAAGUAUCUUGAUAUGGAUGAUGAUAAUAACAAUGACGUCUUUCCUAUCUUUUGAGGUGAAAGAAUUGCUUAUAUACUUGUACAUUUCCUAUAUCAUACUUAGAAACUGAUUUUAAUUGCAUCUGUAAAUAUAUUGUCACUAUUGGUUUACAUGGGGUGUUCAAUUAAUAAUUCAGAGUUGGAUCCUUUUUAGA